GGGGCAGCCCGGCCGGGGCGGCUGAGGGCGGCGCACGGUGCCGAGCAGCACCCGAGGCAGCCGCGCUGCAAGGAGCGUGUGAACUCGCUGGCCAUCGCGGUGAUGAACAUGUGGCCGGGGGUGAAGCUGCGGGUGACAGAGGGCUGGGACGAGGACGGGCACCACCUCCCCGACUCCCUGCACUACGAGGGCCGGGCACUGGACAUCACCACGUCCGACCGUGACCGCCACAAGUACGGCAUGCUGGCACGGCUGGCCGUGGAGGCCGGCUUCGACUGGGUCUACUACGAGUCCAAGGCGCACAUCCACGUUUCUGUCAAAGCAGAUAACUCGCUGGCUGUCCGCACCGGCGGCUGGGGGGGGGGGGGGGGGGGGGGGGGGGGGGGGGGGGGGGGGGGGGGGGGGGGGGGGGGGGGGGGGGGGGGGGGGGGGGGGGGGGGGGGGGGGGGCCAGGGCGACGGGGUGCUGGGCGCCGAGCCAGGCGGGCGCCUGGUGCCCACCGAGGUGCUGCUCUUCCUCGACCGGGACCUGGGCCAGCGCGCCUCCUUCGUGGCCAUCGAGACGGCCAGCCCGGCCCAGCGGCUGCUGCUCACCCCGUCCCACCUGGUGUUCGCCGCCCGCGGGGCGGCCAACGGCUCGGCCGCCUUCCUGCCCGUCUUCGCCCGCCGCGUGCGCCCCGGCGACGCCGUGCUGGCCCACGGGGCGGGCGGGCAGGGGCUGCGCCCCACCAGGGUGCUGAGGGUGUCGCGGGAGGACGGCGUGGGGGUCUUUGCCCCCCUCACCUCCCACGGCACCUUGCUGGUCAAUGGGGUGCUGGCAUCCUGCUAUGCCGUUCUGGAGAGUCACCGCUGGGCUCACCGGGCGUUCGCCCCUCUCCGCCUGUUCCACGGGCUGCUCUCGCUGCUGCCAGCCCACCCCGAGGGGGGCAACGGGACGGUGCCAGAGGUGGGCAUGCACUGGUACUCCCGCCUGCUCUACCGGCUGGCCGGGGGCGUGCUGGGCCAGGAGGCCCUGCAGGUGUAGGGGUCCCUGCCCCCCCAGUCAGCACACGGCAGGUGAUGCCGCGCACUGGAUGCCGCACAGGGGGGGCUCCAGCCCCGGGCACCCCUCGGAGCCGGGGAGGAGGAACGGGGGCACCCCCGGUGCUGUGGGGAGGGUGGGGCUCAGCACUGCCCUGGGGCACAGCCCUGUCCUGUGUCCUAGAGCCCCCCACGGCCAGGCCCCCACGCCCGGACCCCCACAUGCUCUCCCGGUAUUUAUUGCUUUAUUAACCACUGCACUGGGGCCGGAGUUGGUGCCUGUCAAGCCACAACCAGGCACCACCAGACCCUGUCCUGGGGCCAAAUCCAGCUGGGGGGAUGCCAAAAACACCCCAACACUGAGGACGUGGCAGCAGUUCCUGCCCAUUGCCCUGUUCUGUCUGUCUCUGUCACCACAGUGUCCCUGUCCCUGCACCACAGGGUGGCUGGAUAGGGUGUCUGCCACGGGCACUGGCUGUCUGCCACGGGCACGGGCAUCCCGUGCCGGGUCCAACUCUAACCAUGCUAACCGCUAACCCGCCCUGCUUGAGAGUUUUAUUUUUCUAUUUAUAAAUGGUAAUAUAAAUGUCCCCCAUGCCUGCCUGCCCUGGCAGCAGGGCUCACCCCAUGGGGCAGGGGGCAGCGUGCUUUUAACCACUUCAGUUUAAGAAACAAAAGAAAUACUACUAUUUAAUUGUUUGGGAAAAUAAAGAAAGUCUA